AUGCCUCUUGAGCCUCCAAAUCUUGAUCAUGCAAAAGCAACUCUGACAGCAAGGUGCCACAUGAAUUUCCGCACGUUUCCCAUGGAUGAACAAACUUGCUCCCUGAGUAUUGUGAGCUAUGCCUACCCUACGAACCAUUUGAUUUUCACCUGGAAGUCCGACCCAGGCGUGAUCGUAUUGGACAAGGAAAUGGCGCAGUUUUACAUGACGAACAUGUCUACCGCUGUACAUCGAGUUCAGUACGUUGCUGGUGAAUACUCAGUUCUUCAGGCGACGUUUACAUUCAAAAGAAGGAUGGGUUUUUAAUUGAUACAGAUAUACAUCCCCUGUAUAGCUGUGGUCUUUGUGGCCUGGAUGUCCUUGUUUGUCGACAGCAAAGCCACCCCCGCCCGGGUGGGGUUGUGCAUCACAACACUUUUGACAGUUGCUACCAUAUGGGGCUCUGUCAACUCCACUAUGCCGAGAGUUUCGUACGUGAAAGCUAUCGACGUUUAUCUCAUGACAAGUUUCUUCUUCGUUCUGUGUACCAUGUUGGAGUACAUUAUCUUGAUACACAAGGAAAGGGCAAAGAGGAGUUUUUUAAUGCUUAAGGCACCAUUUCUACAAAAAGAUCAUUUGCAUGAAUCUUACGGCAACUUGAGCAGUGAUUACUCGUGUUACAGAGGUGGGCUGUAUUCGAUGGAAGUAGCAAAGACUCACUCGCCGAGCAAAGAGUCUCCAAAGGAUGAUUCAUCGCCACCAGACAGCAAAGAAAUCAAUUCCAAAGACGUGGAAUUUAUCGCGAGAAUAGCUUUCGUCAUUGCUUUCACAAUUUUCAAUUUAGCCUAUUGGAUUGGCUUGGUUUAUUUUGUAUGAGUAGAGAGCAAGUUCUCACGUCUUGAAAGUAAGGGCUUUGUGCACACUAGAAAAUGCUUCUCUUAUACCAGCUUACAUUUUUCACGCUUGAAGAAAUGUCCUACAUUAUUACAGCCAUGACAAUAAAAGGAAAAUGUAAAGGAAAGAGGUUCAACAAAACUCAAGGAAAGAGGUUCAACAAAACCCAAGAAAAGAUCGGGCUUUGUCUGUGAUCGUGCAUCUCCCGAAACAUCUGAUUUCAGAAACGAAAGCAUUAGAGAGGUGAAUAAAGGCUGAUAGUUUCU